AUGAAUGCAGCAUUUUCUUGUGCAGCUAACACUUGCAUCAAAGCAAGAAACAGUACAUUCUUGUCAAAGAAGAAGCAACGAAGAACAAGUCCGAGAGCUGAAGUAACCGUAGCUAUUACGAAUAAAACGAAAGAGACUACUUCUCCGACACAACUAUCGCUUCAUGGGAUUUCUUGCACUGAUUUGUUCGUGCACGAAAUAGUCCAACGACAACAGUCGCAGAAGAUCGGCUCGUCGGAUUUGGAUAUUCGUACAACGAGGCCUAAUUUCCAUCCUAUGUUUCUUAACGAAGCGUACGAAAGAUGCAGGGAUAUUUGUGCUGAGUAUGCAAAGACAUUCUACUUAGGAACACUGUUGAUGACUGAGGAAAGACAGAAAGCAAUAUGGGCUAUUUAUGUGUGGUGCAGGAGGACAGAUGAACUAGUUGACGGUCCAAACGCGGCCCACCACAGCUCGUCCGUUCUAGAAAGAUGGGACGAGAGAUUAGACGAUAUCUUCAAUGGCCGCCCUUACGACAUGCUCGACGCUGCACUUACUGAUACUGUCCACAACUUUCCUUUAGACAUUAAGCCAUUCAAGGACAUGAUAGAAGGGAUGAGAAUGGACACGAGAAAGAACCGAUACGCAAACUUCGAAGAGCUUUAUUUGUACUGCUACUAUGUGGCUGGAACUGUAGGCCUAAUGAGUGUUCCUGUAAUGGGAAUCGCACCAGAAUCGUCAGUUUCAGCUCAAACGAUAUACGAUUCAGCGCUUUAUCUAGGAAUCGGGAAUCAAUUGACGAACAUUCUAAGAGAUGUUGGUGAAGAUGCAUCAAGAGGGAGAGUUUACCUUCCGCAAGACGAACUGACGAAAUUCGGGCUGUGCGAUAAAUACGUGUUCUCAAGAAAAGUAAGUAAUGAUUGGAGAGAAUUUAUGAAAGAGCAGAUUAGAAGAGCAAGGUUCUAUUUUGAUCUCGCCGAACAAGGGGCGACUCAGCUUCACAAAGCUAGCCGUUGGCCGGUUUGGUCAUCGUUGAUUCUGUACAGAAUGAUCCUGGAUUCGAUCGAAAGCAACGACUACGAUAACUUGACGAAGAGGGCGUACGUUGGAAGAACCAAGAAACUCAUGGCAUUGCCCGUUGCGUACACUAGAUCCCUAUCAAAUCCCACUGUAGUUUUUCCGUAG